UAUAUUUUAAUUAGUUAAUAAACCACUACAAACUACUUUCUUGUGCAUUUGCCUUGAGAUCACAAUAUCAUAAAUUAUGUGUAGUGUAAAUGACAGGUCUCAGUGUUUUCAGUGAAAAUUCCAGGUUGCAACAAUAAAUUUUCUUUUCUUGCCAGGAUGGAAUGUUUAAACUGAAGGAUGCUUAUCACUGCAGUGUGUUGGUGGCAAAAGCUCUGGACUUUGAGUCAAGAUCAUCAUAUGUGUUGAACAUAACAGCUUCCAAUUAUCAGGAGGGCUUCUCCAACUGGACAGUUCUUUCCAUAUCAGUAGCAGAUGAGGAUGACCUUCCUGCGAGAUUCUCCACUUAUGAAUACAGAACAAUCAUUACAGAAGAUGCAUUUGUGGGAACAUCCGUUAUUCAAGUGAUUGCAACUGAUCAAGACACAAUUAAUGAGCCAGUUACAUAUGAGAUUAUUGGGUCAACCAAUAAACACAGCUUGUUUGCCAUCAAUGAAACCACUGGAGUUAUCUCCCUGAAUGGCACGCUUGACAGAGAGGCUGUAUCCAACUACAGGUUACGAGUCCUGGCUUAUUCUUCUUUUCAUCUCCCUGAUCAUGCGGCAGUUGAAAUCGAAGUUGGAGACGUGAAUGACCACAUGCCAAUUUUUACAAACAAAUAUUAUUCAUUUGUGAUCAGAGAGAACGCGCAAAUUGAUGCCACGGUGGGACAAGUGAUGGCGAGUGAUGCAGACAAAGGAAACAACGCUACGUUUGCCUAUUAUUUGCUGGACGGUGGAGGCGAUCUCGCCAUCGAUCCAAAUACUGGUGUACUUACUGUGAAUGGAUCUUUAGACCGCGAAAAGCAAGAGUAUUAUAACUUUUUGGUUUUCGCCGGAGAAACCCAAACUGUUGAAAUGUAUAGCAGUAAUGUUACCGUGGAAGUCAGAGUGGAAGAUAGGAAUGACAACAGUCCUCGCUUCGUUGAACCGUUUUAUGAAGUAACAGUGAAAGAAGAACAACCCAGUGGAACACCCAUCCUACAGGUUUUCGCCAAUGAUAGCGACGCUACGUCCAAUGCGUAUGUGACCUACAGUCUUGUCCCAGAUGUCAAUAAUCACUCUCUGGACUUUUCUAUCAGUCCUGUCAAUGGAACAAUCAGAAGUGCAAAGCAGCUUGAUAGAGAGACCAUUAGCGAGUACUAUCUGACAGUAAAGGCUGAGAAUGACGCCGUGCAGAGUCAGAGGAGGUCAAGUACGGUAACAGUCAAAGUCACUCUAGAAGACAUCAAUGAUCAUGUCCCAAUAUUUGAUGAGCAGUUUUACACUGAAACGGCUACGGAAGUUGCUGCAGUAAACUCAACGAUUCUGACCGUUAAGGCCACGGACAAAGAUUUUGGAGGAAAUGGAGCGAUAAGGUAUUCUUUGGAGGACGGAAACAUCGGGAAUGUUUUCAAAAUUGAUGAACUGAGUGGUACCGUAAUUCUUGCUGAGGAUCUCGACAGGGAGACAGUAGAUGUCUAUAAGUUGGUUAUUACAGCAAAGGAUGGAGGCAACCGGAGCACCACUGUGAACCUCACGGUAUUUGUCAGUGACGUCAACGACAACUCGCCCCAGUUUACCUUACCGGGUGGCUACCAGUUUUCUGUUGCGGAAGGAGUCGUUGGGUUGACUGUAGGCGCCGUUAAGGCGAACGACAGCGACAUCGCUGGCAAUGGAGAAAUCUUCUAUUCGUUAAUGGCUACACCAACAUCUAUCAGUUUCAGGAUUAACUCUUCAACUGGUGGAAUUUCAACGACUGAAGCAUUAGAUUAUGAAAAAUUUCACUCCCACCUUCUGAUUGUACAAGCUGAGGACCGAGGUAUACCGCAGCCACGAAGAACAGCAGUUCAAGUGUCGAUCAACGUCAUUGAUGUCAAUGACAACGCCCCAAGGUUCUAUGAAACACAACACGAUCUGAACACAGUAGAAAACAAUUUAUUUUGCCCGACUUACAACACAACGGAUUUCACUGUCAUUCGUGUUCAAGAUUUAACACCCGCCAAUGUCGAGAUCGGCAGAGUAACGUCUUUUGACCGGGACGAGGCUGACAACGCCAAGAUAUUUUAUCGCAUUGAAGGUAGCUUUUGAUCUGCCUGUGGUUUAAAUUUAAAGUAAUUGAUGUAUUUUGUCCAGUUGAAGAUUUCCCUCCUCCUUCCCUCACCUCCUCAUUUUCACGUCCCCUUACUCCCUCCCUUUUCCCCCUCCCUCCUU